UAAUCAAAGAAGAAAGAGAAGCUCAACUCCAGAAAAGCCAAAGUUUAUAGUUCAGACUGCAAAUUUAGUGAUGGGAAGUGAAGAAACUGAAAUCUUUAUGGGCAAGAUUCAAGACUCUGUCUUUGUCUAUUCAAACGGUGUUUCUGAUUCAUAUCAUGAAAUAACUUCCAACACAGACGAACAGAAAGAGGCUACUGACGUUAAGGAUUAUGAAGUGAAGGAAUGCACAUUAGAAAGCUCGAUUCAGAUAUCAAUAGAUAAGGGGGAAUUGAAAGCUCUAACAACCACAAUUGAUGAAUUUAAGAAAUCACAAUCAUCUGCAACGAAAACUUGUGCUGGAAAUGGUCGAACAAAGCACACCGUUCCACAGCCAUUUUCUCUGGCAACUGAAAAACGAGCUUCCUAUGGACCUCGACCAGCUAGAAAUAAACCUGAUGGUACUGAUAUGAUUAAGCAAUCCCCCACUAACAAUUUGCAAAAUCAAACUUCUUCAAAGAAAAACCAGCUAGUCUCAUUCUUCACAUCAAGGAAGCCACUACAGCCUGAUAACAAAAAGCAUCCUGGCGAAGACGAUUCUUGUUCUGUUGCUUCAUUAACUUCACCCUCAAUAAGAACAAUGAAAUCCAAGAUAACUGUUGCAUCUGCUCCAGUGUUUAGAUGCACUGAACGUGCUCAGAGACGUAAAGAGUUCUACACAAAAUUAGAGGAGAAGCAUCUGGCAAUUGAGGCUGAAAAAACCCAGCUAGAAGCAAGAAGCAAGGAAGAGACUGACAAUGCCAUAAAGCAUCUCAGGAGAAAUCUAAUGUUUAAAGCAAGUCCCAUGCCAAGUUUCUACCACGAUGGACCACCACCCAAGCUUGAGCUCAGGAAGCUACCACCAACUCGAGCAAAAUCUCCGAAAUUAGGGAGAAGGAAGAGUUGUAGUGAUGUGGGUGGAGGACACAGUGGUGAAGGAAAUCGUCGAAGUAUUGAUGUUGUUUUGGGUAACUGUAAGUAUCGAGAGACUGUACAGAAACAUGAUUUUGAUAGCGAGAAUAAGGAUGAAUUCGAACAAUUGAUGAGAAUGACUACAAGCAAAAUAAACAUGAACAUUGUUGUCAUGUCUUGAACAACUCCAUUGGGGUACAAAUACUAGGUAUGGUCUUUUUUCUUCUUUUUUUUUUUAAUUUAUGUAAUGUUGUUAGUAUUAAGUUCUUUCAUACUUGUAUAAAAUGCUAUGUGUUGUGUGUUGUUUUCUUACUCUUUCCUAUUUAUUUUUGUGUUUAUUGUACUUUAUGAUUAUUGGUAAUAUAUUUAAUUCUCUUAUUUGCUUAUUUAUUUGUACAGAAAUGUUUUCUCUUA